UCUUUUCUUUUCUUCCAUCAUUUCUGAGAUUUUUUUCCUCCUAUGUUUCAACAUUGAACUCCGGAACGUUGAUUAUUAAUUUUUGUUUGAGUUUCCACAAGAAAUUGAUGAUACUUUGCUGAUUGCAAUUUUAAUCUGCCUGAAUUUCUGGGGUUUCUUUUUCGGGCUCGUGUCGUCGAUUUUGCAGCAGCCUGAGGACGAUGUCUUCAUCGCCGGACAUUGCCGGAAUCUUGGAUAACACGAAAGAGCUUGAUCGGUUAAGGAAAGAACAAGAGGAAGUGCUUGUGGAGAUUAACAAGAUGCAUAAGAAGCUUCAAGCUACGCCUGAGAUAGUUGAGAAGCCUGGUGAUACUUCAUUGUCAAAGCUUAAAAAUUUGUACAUUCAAGCAAAAGAGCUUUCAGAAAGUGAAGUAACUGUUUCAAACAUUCUUCUUACUCAGUUGGAUUCCCUGCUUCCAUCUGGACCAACUGGGCAACAACGGAGAAAACUAGUGGCAGAAGGCAACGAUCAGAAGAGGAAGAGAAUGAAAGUAGAUUCAGAUGUAACAAGGGUUUCUCCUUCCAUGAGAAAUCAAAUCGAGGCAUAUGCCAGUCUAAGGGGUGAACAGGUUGCUGCAAGAGUCACAGCCGAUGACGCCGAGAAGGAUGAAUGGUUUGUGGUGAAAGUCAUUCACUUCGAUAGAGAAACUAAAGAAGUUGAAGUACUCGAUGAAGAACCAGGAGAUGACGAGGAAGGAGGUGGCCAGAGGACAUAUAAACUAUCAAUGUCGUGUAUUUUACCGUUUCCAAAACGGAAUGAUCCAUCAAACACACAAGAGUUUUUACCAGGGAAACACGUCUUAGCUGUAUAUCCAGGAACCACAGCUCUUUACAAGGCGACUGUAAUUAGUACCCCACGAAAGAGGAAGUCUGACGAGUACUUGCUAGAAUUCGAUGACGAUGAAGAAGAUGGAGCAUUACCACAAAGAACAGUGCCUUUCCACAAAGUGGUAGCUUUACCAGAAGGCCAUCGCCAGUGAUUUCAGAUGGGUACAUUGAAAUAUGAGACUCUUCAUGUUUGUUUCUUUAUGGCCACAUCAAAAGUUAAAGGUUGUUACCUUUGGUUGUGUUCAAAGGAGAUCUCUUUGAAGAAUAAAAAAGUGAGUUUUUUUUUUUGCUUCUCAAUAUGGGGAAAAGCUACUCUAGUUUAACGUAAUAUUUGAAUGUGUAUAAAUGUACGGUUAUUUACAUUAUGUUG